CACCUAGUAUUGAACAUAUGGAACAGAAACAGAAGCACAGAAUUUGAGUUGUAAAUUUCUGGUAUGGCCAUUUUACUUGAGAUUUUUAGCCACUGUAGUAUGCUCAAAUAUCCAGUUUGCACCUUCUUUCUCAAUCACAUGGUUUGCGCUUUCUCUACUUUGUGUUUGCUGCUCUUAGAUCUUUGCGUGCAUUUCCAUAUGUUCUGACAGGUAAUCCAAAAUUUUGCCUUAGUAUGUGUUUACCUUGUUGAUUAGAAAGAGGAGCUUUUCAAAGCUGCAGACAAGAACCAGGAUGGCGUUGUGAGCUUAGAUGAGUUGGCUGAUCUUCUUGCAAGUCAACAAGAAAAGUAAUACUUCACUAUCUCUGAAGGCCAUAAUGUUACUUUAUCUGUGUUUGUGUGUGUGUGUGUGAGUGUGUGUGUCUUUCCUAUGAAAUGCUAUUUUAAGUUAACAUGAAGAGUUGAUCUUCACAUUUCUCCUUAUGUAUGCCAUCCAAACGUAAGCUGCAUCUUCACGAGAAAUGAACAUUAGUAAAAGGCCUACUCUUAUACUCUAUUCUCCUACUUCUUUAUAAAAGGCAGAAUACUGUCUUGUAUAAUUUGAUGGAGGGGCAAUGCAUGCAACCGGCUGAUUUUGCUGACUUAAUAUCUUUGCUUGCAAAAUGCUGAUCAACUGAAAGCAAGCAAUACUUUAACUGUGGCCAAUAUACCUCUGAAAUCUGGAUGACUGGCAGAAAGCAAGGAACGGACACAAGAUUUCGAUAAAAAGGGCACUUGUCUGGGUCGAAAGUUGGUGUAUGCAAUGGUUCUGCCCAUUAACCGAACACUUCUCUUGACACUUAUCGCUUGUGUGUUGUCUAGAACAAUCUUUAUUCUCAGUUUUCAAUAAUUUGUAUUGCCUUUUGGACCUAUUUUUAUCUCCUUUUUUAUUUUCUGCAGCCGAUCUCCUUGUACUAAGCUUGAAUCUGAUAAGUUACUGUCCUGCAGAAUUUCACUCCUUUCCGUUGUGCAUUGUAGGAAGCCUUUAAUAAAUUGCUGUCCUGUUUGUGGCGAAAUUCUUGAAGUUUCUGACAAGCUGAACACAGUAGUACAUUUGAGUCUUUGUUUCGAUGAAGGAACUGGAAAUCAAAUUAUGACGGGAGGAUUUUUGACCGAUAAGCAAGCUUCAUAUGGGUAAGUACCUUUUCUAUUAGGACCUGACAUCUCCAAUUCUUAUUUCUGUUAUGAUUAAUAGCCUACCAUAAAACCAUACUUGGCCAGAUGGAUGUUCAAACUAAGCGAAUGGGCUCACUACUCAACAUAUGAUAUCGGUUUGAACUCAGGUUCAAGUGCUUCUCAUAUUGUGGUAUGCAUGAUUCUGUGUCUUAGACUGACUCCUUGUUUCUCUUUUUCAAAUAUCACAUCUUCCAGGGGCCUGUACAUUGCCCUUGUCAUUGUUGUGCGUGGCAAAAGUUCUUAGAUGACUCGUAUCUGUUUUAUUGUACAACCUAGUAAAUUUAUAGUAUAAGUACUCUUUUUCUCCCAGAACAAACAAUUAUGACUUGUGCCAAGUUUCCCUGCGGACGAUCUUUGCUAACAGCUUAUUGCUCCAGGUGUUUGAUCGGAAGUCAAAGAGGCUCGUGGAGGAGUUAAUUGAUGGGAAGAUAGUUAUGUCAAUGAGAGCAAUUUACCAGUCAAAGAUAGGACUGCACUUAAUGGAUAAAGGUAUUAUUGUCCUUAUUUUAUGUGUGUGCUCCCAAACGGUUAUGCAGGCAAUUAAAUAGUAAUGAAGAUGUCUAACCUUGAAUUAUUCUUUUUCUUUUUAACAUAUUUUAGCUGUCACGCUGCAUGCUUUCAGAAUUUCUUAUUACAUACCUUUGUUUCUUAGAUCAGUAGCUGACAGGAAAGGUGAGAUCCUCUAAAACAACUUGUUGAACAUAGAGGAUAAGAAGUUUUCUCAUGUUAGCGUUACUAUUUCAUCUCUCCGAAUCCUUCUAAGAGGGCAUCCUAGUUAGGUAUUCCUGGCAAGUUGUGUAUGUUCGAUUCAUCGCUGUAGUUUAUUCUUCGUUGUCAAGGUUAUGGUCUCACAGUUAAUCUAUGAAAAGCGCAACAAACACUCUGUAGCAAGUAGAUGGUCAAUUUCUGGCUGCUGAAUUGGUUGUCAUGCCGGCUCCCGGCUGGUUGAAUCUGGUUGAAUCGGUGCCAGUCAUGAAACCGGCAUGAACACCACUAGUAUGACUGGCAUGAUCGACUUACGAAUUCUAAGCAAAGUGACGUUUUACUGAACAUACUUAAUGAAAAAAUUAAUUUAUUAUUUAUUUAAUGAAUUUAAAAGUCAAAAGUUGAUGGUAUUUGUUGGAUUGUAAGUAAAUUGUCCUCAAAUAUGUAUUAUAUAUUAUUAAAUUCAUUGAAUAUUAAUGAUUUUCACAUUUUUUACAUAGUUUGUUAAACCGACAUGAACCGACAUAAUCUGGUUGUACCACCGGUCGUACCAUUCCACUUGUCAAAACGGCACAACGGUAUAAACCGGUUUGACAACUUUGCUGCUGAUCUUAUAAACACUGCAUUACUGGGUUGCUUUGGUCCAGGGGCUAAAGAAAUUUUGCACAGCAUCUCUGAGAAGCAAGGAAGGAAAAUGAACUCAGUUGAAUCAGCUAAAGAAAUACCGAAGUUCCUUGAAUUUUUUAAGGUGCACGCUUCUUUUCUAGUAGCUAAAGGUCGAUGACUGUGCAUGUUACUCCAAAAUGUCGCAAAUCAAAGUCUUCUAGGGCUAUUCAUUUGUUGGAAAGUGAAAUAUUUAUCCUUUUCUAUAGCACUACAUGGUUCUGUUAUCAUUACUAUAUUUAGCAUAACCCCUAUCCAGCCUUUCUGCUCAAACAGAGAACAUUUCUUAACACUCACAAAACAUAGUUUCCAUAUAAGUAUUUGUGCACUAUAUCGCAAAGCCGUCUAGGGAAAGAGAUAAACAUGUUUGCAUGUAGUCACAUCGCAUGCUCAUGUGAUAUCUGUUUGCUGACGUUGUAAAUGAUAUGUUGCAGGAUCAAAUCAAUUUGGCUGAAGUUAAGCACCCUCUGGAUCAUUUUAAGGUUACUUAUCUUCGCCUCUUUCUUUUCUAUUUACUUUGUGAGUGUGUUUAUGACCUGUUUGAUGAGUGAUAUUCGAUCUGGCUGAUACAAUUGGUGCCAUUUAAGUAUAUAAUUCUUUGAAACUUUCCGGAGCCAUAAGUGCUGCCUUUGGUAGCAUGUUUUUGGAUCAUGAGUUUCGGAUUUUCUUGAGGAUGCAGACAUUUAACGAGUUCUUCAUAAGAGAGUUAAAGCCUAGUGCAAGACCAGUCGCCAUGGUGGAUCGCGAUGAUGUGGCCGUAUGUGCAGCUGAUAGUCGUCUAGUGGCAUUCAGAUCCGAGGAAGACUCGAAAAGAUUCUGGAUAAAGGUACCCCUUAUUGCUUCUUUGGGCUAACAGUUUUUUGUUCUCAUUCUAUGUUGUCAUUUCAUGGGAGAAUAUAAGGUGCUUAUUCCAUAUCGGGUUAGCACCAUGCUAAUUACCUUGUAAACCUCCUAUCCCUGUUUUAGAUUUAAAUGCUACAAAUACACAAGGGCUAUCCCUGUUUUAGAUUUAAAUGCUACAAAUACACAAGGGAAAAGAAGAGGAAAAAUUUUGAAAGGCCAAAUUGUUAGAAACAAGUUUCUAACGGGUCUCUAGAUCAAAUAUAGAGAUUGAGAAUUUAGGGUUUGUAGAAUAGAAUUGGGGAUUUAGGGAUUUGUGAAGAGAAUUUGGGGAAGAACAGAAGAAUCGGCCUAAGCCUUUAGAGGGAUUGAGGUCAACAUAGAAUUGGGGAUUUAGGGAUUUGUGAAGAGAAUUUGGGGAAGAACAGAAGAAUCGGCCUAAGCCUUUAGAGGGAUUGAGGUCAAGAGUUGAGAGGUUUGGGAUAGGAAUUUAGGGAGAUAAUUCUUUAUUAACUUCUGCUUAAUAUGACGAAUGACCCAAAGUACAUAUAUAUAGGUAUAGGUGGCAAUUGGAUCAGAUUCGUGGAUUCGUGGAUUGGAUUGGUGGAUCCAUGGAUCAAAUGGAUUGGAUCCAAUGGAUUGGCGGAUUCAUGGAUUGGAUAAAAUGGAUUGGUGGAUUGAUCCAUGAAUCCAAAUGACAUCCAAGGCUUGGACCAAAAUGUAAAAUUUGAAAAGUUUUGGUACUAAAAUGUCAUAAUGAAAAAAUUUAGGUAUCAAAAUGUAAUUUUCCAAUGAUAUUUUUCGUAUAAAAAUAUAAAUUUUAGGUACCAAAAUGUAAAAUAUAAAAAAUAUAGGUACCAAAUCGUAAUUUGCCAUUUGGAUCCAUGGAUUGAUCCAUGAAUCCACCAAUCCAAUUGGAUUUGGAUUGAAUUAGGUGGAUAAUUUGGUGGAUGGAUUGGAUUGGAUUCAUGGAUUUGGAUUCCAAUUGCCACCUCUAUAUAUAGGGAAAUACUAGAAACCCCUAAGAAUAAACCUAAUUCUACUAGAAGACUACUAACCAUAAUAAGAAUUACCCUAAUAAUGAUUAUAAUAAUAAAUAUAGAAACCUGAUAUAAUUCGGUUUCUAACAUCUCCUCCCCCUUCAGACCAACCUUGCCCUCAAGGUUGAUCCACUUGACCCACUCCUCCUUCCUUCUCACGCAAUGUGCACGCUGACUACUCCAUUUCUUGCGCUUCCGUUUCUUCCAAUUGUGCUCCAACUUCGAUAUUGGGCUUCUUCCACCAACCUUCUUGGGCUGGUCCUUUUCUUCGACCUUCACUUGCAUGGGCCCAAUAUUCGCUUUCUUGACACAUUCGAACUUUGCCAGCUCCGCUUUGGUUGGCCUCAUAAUUCCACAACUCAAGGAACCCAACGAUUCGUUCAUGUACAAGAACCCAUCCUUGAGUACCAUUUCACCAAGGCCUUCAUACAUUUUUCUUGGAACAAGCCAAUAACUUUGAAUUGUUGCUUCUUUUAUUAAUUUUGGGCUUUGCUCUCUUGAAAGCUCACCAAAUAAGCUUUCAAACCCAUCUUCAUUUGCCUCCAAGUCCACCCCACAUAAAAGAGCUCUGGUCGGCCCAAUUAUUGUUGGCCCAAUAUUUCCUUGAGCCCAAUUUACACACUCCUCCUUAGCUGCUGCUAGCAACUCAUAAUUGAGCCCGUGAGGGGCCCUUCUCAACCCAAACUUUGGCCUGUUCUGUUGAACCAAAUGGCCCAAGUCGAGUCCAAACUUUGGCCCAACAAUCUUCAUCACACCCGCCAACUUGUGGCCCAAACCGCAGCAGCCCUCUUCCAACACAGGCGACGCGCGCGGAAGCCUGCCGCCAUUCUUCCUCUUCGUCGCGCCUUUCUUCUUCUCCGGCGACACAACCCCGCCUGUUGCUGCCUCCUCCCUCCUUGCACCAUUCUUCGACAACAACUCCGUAUCCGGCAGUGAAUAUCCCACCAGGCGGCACGGCUGCCAGCUCGCCUCUGCCGGCACCUUUUCCUACUCCGCGUUGCUUGCCGCUUCGGUCUCCUUGACGUCGUCGUCCGCCGCGGCUCUAGUCGCAGUCGGAUCUUCGUCGGCCCGGCGGGCCUCUGCGGUUGGCGGCUGUCUCGCCGUCACGUUGUCACCUCCAUCCUUCAAGUCUACCAUCCUGCGACGCAACUCGUAGACCUUCCAAUAUUCCACGAUAUUCUAUAGUUUUUCCUGCUUUUGAGCCCACGACAUGUCUGAAGGUUUUAGUGACCAUGUCGUCUCGGGUCGCUGCUCCCCAGCCUUCGCGUCGCGCUUGGCCAGCUGCGGAGGUAGUUCUCCGUCAGUCUCCUUGGGCAUCACUUCCUCCUGCGCGAUCGGUAGCUCCUCGGGGAUCCAACGACGUCCGAUGCGGCAGGCUUGUUCCUGCAGUUCCGCCCAUGACAGGUCCGAGAGCCUUGAAGAGCUCAUCGUCGAACCAGGUGCAGAACUUGUCCCCGGUUGAGACUUGUGGAAAACUCAAUUCUCGAAACCGGGCUCUGAUACCAAAUGUUAGAAACAAGUUUCUAAUGGGUCUCUAGAUCAGAUCUAGAGUUUGAGAAUUUAGGGUUUGUAGAACAAAAUUGGAGAUUUAGGGAUUUGUGAAGAGAAUUUGGGGAAGAACAGAAGAUAAUCGGCCUAAUCCUUUAGAGGGAUUGAGGUCAAGAAUUGAGAGGUUUGGGAUAGGAAUUUAGAGAGAUAAUUCUUUAUUAACUUCUGCUUAAUAUGACGAAUGACCCAAAGUACAUAUAUAUAGGGAAAUACUAGAAAACCCUAAGAAUAAACCUAAUUCUACUAGAAGACUACUAACCAUAAUAAGAAUUACCCUAAUAAUGAUUAUAAUAAUAAAUAUAGAAACCCGAUAUAAUUUGGUUUCUAACAAUUAAUGUUGAUCUAAUGCCUAAUUUACGGGGUAAAAAGCGGAUUAAAUGGGAUUCCCACACAUAGAUUAAUGAUGAUUUUUACUUUUUAGAAAAAUGUGAAUAUCGAAUUAAUAAAUUCAUUAUUCUCUAUAGUAGUAUUAGUCAUUUUGACGAUUUGUUAUAGUGAUUUAUCGAUUUUACUAGUUAUUUGAUGUGUCAUAGUAGUUUUUCCGCGGCUUUUAGUAGUGACUAGCAUUUUGUACGAAGUCAUUAUUUCAAACUAGAUUGAGGUGACUUGUCUAACAGAGGGUAGAAUAGAUUUUAAUAAUGGAUGGAGGCUCACUCGCGUUGGUCAAACUGUAUUAUUAAGAGAUUACAAGACUAUUAUAUCCGGAAACCUUUUAUGCUAUCAUCUGUGAAAGUGUCACUAACAUUUCGCGUGCAUUUCUGUUUAGUAUUCUGUUGUAGUUCAUGAAAGGAAUACAUACAUUGGCUGCUUGACUGUCUACUAUUUGGGUCUCCCACGGAAAAAACUGCGUAUCAAAAGAGGCCCUGUCCAUGGUUUUUCUUAAAAAUGAGUCGUGUUAAAUUAGUCAUAAUUUUCCUUAAUAGCUUCCGAAUUUGAAGAUUGUUAGAUGUGGAGCUGAUACAGAAAGAUUAAUGCGUAAAUGUUUCUUGUGGUAGAUCAAAGUGACAGAACAGGGCUUAACAGGGCUGCAAGAAAGAAAGAAAUAAAUAAUAAAUGGAGCAAUCAAAUUAAUGUACAAAAUCCUUAGAGUUGGAUUUUAGAGAAAAUAUGGUCAUACUGUUUUAAGUACUUGAAAUAUUUGAAAAGUUCCCUUCAAAGAUUUGUUUCAUCAUGAGUGGAACCUCGGGGGUUUAAAUGUCGAGGCUUCCACGGUGGCUCUCAUUGCCAUUAACAUUAUUUUCAAUUGUCAAACUUUUGCAGCACUCUGAUUCCUGAUCUGAUUUCUCGUACAUUUUUAGGGCAAGAAAUUCUCUAUCGGUGGCCUCCUGGGAAAUGAUCCAAGCUGUAGCAAUUUCAAGGAUGGAAUUGUGGUUAUAUUUCGGUUGGCACCUCAGGUACAUUCUAAUUUUCAGUAGCGCUUCUAUACAUAGUUCAUAGCUGUCAACAUUCUUCUGAAGGGAUUAGUAAAUGGGUUGCAUUCUGGAUCUUGAUGAGCUAGUUCUUAAUCAUCUUCCCCGUAAUGCUGCAGGAUUAUCACAGAUUCCAUUUUCCGGUUUCUGGAACCAUUGAGCAGUUUAAGGACGUUUCGGGAUGUUUGUACACGGUAAGGAAAAUAUGAAACUAUAACAUCCUGGUUAGUCUGCUGGCGAUUAACCUUUCUACUGAGAUACGUAAUUGUCCCACUAAUAUCUGUCUCUUUUAUGUGUCCUAGGUGAACCCGAUUGCUGUGAAUAGCAAGUAUUGCAAUGUCUUCACAGAAAAUAAGCGAGUUGUAUCAAUUAUUUCUACUGUCAGCUUCGGAAAGGUUGGUCAUCGUGCUUCCACAUGUUUAAUUCUAGAGUUUAGCAUAGCGGUUAUAUCGUUGGCUUUCAACUUGGAGGUUCUAGGUUCAAGUCACCCAAGUAGAGCAUGUAAUAAGGAAAAUUAACCUAUGCACAUACA